AUGAGAGAUUUUAAAGAUGUAGUUAACAAAGUUGAAGAAAAUAAUGUCGAUGAAAUAGUAGCGCAAUUAAAUNCCGACCAGAAACGAAUUUUUGACAGAAUUACUGCCAAUAUAUUAUCUGAUAAUGACAUUUUUCGACUCUAUGUAAGCGGUGAAGGUGGUACUGGAAAGAGUUUUCUGAUAAAUACUAUUAGAUAUUGGAUAAAGAAACAUCUCCAAAAAGACACAGCUGUAACCGCACCAACUGGUCUUGUAAAUGGCACGAUUGGUACAAUAACUUCAAUUAUACGAAAUCCGAAGGAUAAUGAAGUAGAAAAACUAAAAAUAAAACCAUCCUUUGAAAUUGGACAUACGAUAGAACNAAUUAGCGUUAAGUUUGAAGUAAUGGAUAGAGCGUUUGUUAUAAGAAAACAAUUUCCUAUAUGUCUAAGUUAUGGAAUGACUAUUCAUAAAAAUCAAGGACUGAGUUUAAAACAUGCCGUUGUGGAAGCCGGAAAUUCU